AUGAGUACCAUUAGCCACGCCAGCUUCAUUUCCCUUCCUACCCUCCCCCACAUCAUCACCGAGUGGUGUGCCCUGAUCCCGCUGACCGUCCACCUCGCCAGCUCACACGAUGAGUUCCAGGUGAUCGGCGACGCCUGCCUGCGCGGCAAAAUCCGUCUGGAUCUCAUGCCCAAACUCGGCCAGCUCAAGGGCGUGGGGAAACUGCUCUCGCUCGGGUCCGCCGUACUCGACCAAACAAGCAGCGCAGGCGUCGCCGGGUCGAUGACCGUGUGGGACGUGUCCUGGGGCAGCGUGUUUCAGUGUGCCAACGGCGCGGCGAGAGAAUUGCUUACAGCGUACGCCUUCCGAGGGAAGACUGAGAUCGUCGACGUCGAGACCACGGCGCCAGAGGCGGCCGGCAAUACGGGACACUCACAGACAAAGGUCGGCGGAGAGUCGGCGACCAAACCACCCAUCCCAAAGAACGUCGCCUUCUGCCGUCCGCAGGUGCUGCAUCUCGUCGAGUUACACUUCAACAAGACAUCCUCUGGCAGCACAGGCUCCACGACCUCCAGUGUUUGGGAGCAAUUAGUCACUGCAUUCAGUCAUGUCCUCAUCGCAGCACUGAUGAUACCGCUGGCGCUGUGCGGUGCCUAUGGGACGUGUGCUCUGCUUCUGUUGUCCCGUGUCAACGCCUUCGUCAGCCACCGCCUCCCCGUCCAACGACCGCCGGGCUACCUCGCAAACAACGAAUCGUACAAUUCCGUGUGCAUGCUGGUGGCACCGCACGACAAUGCGUCGUCAUGGUACCUCUACCGCGGCGACCGCGCCAUUAUCGACUGGCUGCUCAACAAGCCCAUGCUGGCCAUCAGCACACCACGAGCGUGCAGAUGGGUUUUCUGGUACUUCCAGCUGACGCACUACCUCCAGCUGUUGGCCAUGACCUACGUGGCUGCCCAGAAGGGCUGGGAUGGCUUGUUCCUGCUCAUCUUGAUGGUCGUCUCGCGUCUAGUUGGCUCUGAAGCCGCCACUAAGACGCCCUGGGCGGCUCGAUCGGGAGGAGCCGCUGCAACUUGGCUCCGGCAGAACAAUAUCGACGUCCAGACGAACACGUUUCGCAUGACGGGUCGGAUGCAGAUGAUUGGCGCUAUCGACCUGAUAAACAGCAUGGACCAGACUGAAGGCUCAACCCCAUCCUCCGCUUCCGCUACUCGACAGCAUCAUAAUAAUGGCCCCAGCGGGAUCAGCGGGGUUUCGACUUCGACAAGUUCCCCUGCCGUGAAGUCUGUGCAUCGAAAACAGGGCGCAAAUUGGAUGGACAGCAUCAUUCCACACUCUCCACGCCGCGAAGUCUGGCUGGACCGCUUGAGUACUACCGUGCUGGCCCAAAUGCAACAGCUGAGCCAUCCGAUCGUGAAACCGGACGUGGCAAUCCCUAGCACUAUCAACCAAAUCAUCAAACCUACGAAUACAUCGACGACCGCAUCUUCUCUUCCUCCCGACCCGGACAAUGUGCAACAGUCGAGCGCGCCGAACCCAAAACCAGGAGACGAACAACCACAAAGCUCAGGUGGCAAUCAAGUCACCAAGGGCACCUUGAACCAGGCACAGGAGCGUCUGAGCAGUUUGAUUUCUCGAGUAGAUGCACCACCGAUCAUCGCGGACAAGCCAUCAGGUCCAGAAGCUGGAGGGUCUGCCGUCGCCACAGCUUGUCUGAAUUUGAUGGAUGUCAAGUGGGUCGAUCAGAAUGCCCUGUGGGCCUGGGAGACGGCGCGGUGCAUAAUUCAAUCUUGCGCCGCAGCGUCGGCUGUAGCGCCUGGUCCCUCGCAGAGUCUGGCCAGUACACGAGUAGCCGUUGUCCAGGCUUAG